UCCCAUGCUUUCCGUACUACGUUACGGUUAUGUUGACGUGUGGCUUUUGUGGCUCAGUAGCCUGCUAGCUGUACUUUGUACAACAUGGUUUAGCUAGUAGUGGCAAUAUAACAUUAGUCAAAGAGCUGAAGUUUACCUCCAUGCAAAGCUGUACUAAAACAGUUAUACCUUCGAACAGUUUGAGAAGCCAACAAAUACGAUGGCAGCUGCCUGGGAAGAAAUCAGACGUCUGGCAGCGGAUUUUCAGAGAGCACAGUUUGCUGACACAGUGCAGAGGUUGUCAGAGAGAAACUGCAUUGAAAUCGUUGCCAAGCUGGUUGCAGAGAAGAAGUUGGAUGUGGUACACACACUUGAUGGCAAGGAGUACAUCACCCCAUCCCAGAUCAGUAGGGAGAUACGGGAUGAGCUCUACAUCCAUGGAGGUCGGGUCAACAUUGUGGACCUACAAAAGAUUAUCAAUGUUGAUUGGGUUCAUGUUGAGGCCAGAGCAAAUGACAUUGCAAGAUCUGAUAAAAGUGUUCAACUGGUGCUGGGGCAGCUUAUUGACGAAAACUACCUGAAUCGUGUGUCUGAGGAGGUGAACGAUAAACUACAAGAAGCUGGCUUGGUGAACAUCCCAGAACUAUGUAAAAACUAUGACCUUCCGGGGGAUUUUCUGACUGAGGAGCUGUCGAAGCGCCUUGGGAAAGUCAUCCAAGGCCAGAUGGAUGAGUACAACAGGGGAGUCUUAUUCACCCCUGCGUUCGUGUCUCGCCACAGAGCUCGCAUCCGUGGGCUUUUUAGUGCAGUGACUCGGCCAACACCAGUCAGUAACGUGAUUGCCGUCUAUGGUUUUCAGGAACAUCUUCUCUACUCUGUUUUGGAGGAGCUGGUGAAUACUGGCCGUCUGAAAGGCACUGUGGUGGGGGGCCGGCAGGACAAGGCUGUGUACAUCCCUGACAUCUACUCCAAAACACAGAACACCUGGGUGGACUCCUUCCUCAAGCAGAACGGAUACUUAGAGUUUGAUGCCUUGAUCAGACUUGGCAUCCCUGACCCAGUGAGCUAUAUCAAGAAACGUUUCAAGUCCAGCAAGCUGCUGUUCCUCAGGGCGGCCUGUGUUGGCCAGGCCCUAGUAGAACAGGUGGAGGCCUCCGUGGAGGAGGCUGUCAACUCUGCCACAUGGACAGAUGUGCAGCCCAUUCUGCCCAGCUGUCUGUCCAUGGAGGACGUUGGCAUUAUAAUCAACGAGGCCAUGAGAAAGACCAACGUGCAGUCAACUGCCAGGAUCCUGGGCGACACUGUGGUGGUCAGCGAGAAGUUCAUCAGCAACUGUCUCUCUCUCUUUGAUGAGGCCAUGCAGCAUAAAGCCCUUAAGGAAGUCAAGAACAACCCUGUUUUCCUGAUAACGGAAGACGAUCUCAAGCAAGGCCAUAUGAUGACAGAAAACACAGCACCUUCCAAAAAGGAAAAAAGGGAGGCGGAGAGGAGGAAAAAGACUACAGAGGGCAGUGGCUGUAAAGGAGGUGGUGGAGGAUGCAAUGCCAGAGAGGUCAGGAUACGCAAAACCAAGAAGAAGGGCAGGAGGGACGACGACAGUGAUGAGGAGGCGGCAGUCACCCCACAAAAUCGUAACAAACCGACUGAAGUUCCCUUCAUGUCCCUGGAGGAAAUCGCAGCUGUCCUAGAAGGGCAAGUGUGCGACUGCCCUGAAGAAAUCCUCUCCGAGUUGGCAGAACAUUUAGUAAGGCCUUUGACAAAGACCUACCAGGAGGUGGUUCGGACUGUGUUCAUGUCCUCCACUGUCUCCACGACCGGGAGGACCAAGAAGAGAAGUGUGAAAGACUUCCAGGAGGAGCUCUCCAACCUGUACAACAACAUCAGACUUUUUGAGAAAGGGACUAAGCUCUUCUCUGAUGAGACUCAGGUCCUCAUUGCCAAGCACGUCCUGAAGACUGUGUGCACAGACGUCACCAACAUCCUGGUGAAUUUCAUGGCAGCUGAAUUGAUGAUGUCUGCAGAGAAUCCCAGCUCUAUCACCAACGAAGUGAGAGUGAAGAUAUUAGGGAAAUUACCAGAGGAAACAAAAGGACCUCUUAUGAAGGUGCACAACAGUCUCAAUGGAAAGACGAUUGAAGAUUUUCUAACCAACAUAGAAACUGCGGUUGAGGUGUGUGGAUUCAUGCUGAAGAAGGGAGAUAAGAAAAGGGAGAGACAGGCCCUGUUCCUGCACCGGCAGGCUCUGAUAGAGCAGCUGAAGGACACUGAGGACCCAGCCCUGAUUCUCCACCUGACCAGUGUGCUGCUCUUCCAGGCCAGCACCCACUGCAUGCUGCACGCCCCCGGACGCUGUGUCCCCCAGAUCAUAGGCACUCUGGUUGGCCGCAUCUCUGAGGAGCAGCACAGGCUGCUGACAGGCUACCAGGCCCUGGUGGUUAAGCAGUUAGUGAGCCAGAGCCAGGGAAAGAAGCAGGAGCAGGGGGAAGGAGAGAACCCAGAGGCGGGGGAUGAGGCAGAGGCCAGCCGGAAAGAGCUGGUUUCCCUGACCAGCGAGGUAAAGGAUCUGGUCCUCUCUCAGAAGAAGACGUCUGGGACUGAAGAGUGAAUAACAACUUUGACUGCUUUGAAGUUGGCAACUGCCAGCUCUCUGAUUUUAUAAAUCGCCUAGCUACUCAGUAUUACACUGAACAAAAAAUAUGAAACACAACAUGUAAAGUGUUGGUCCCAUGUUUCGUGAACUGAAAUAAAAUAUCCCAGAAAUGUUCCAUAGGCACAACACUUAUUUAGCUCAAAUUUUACACACAUUUCUUCUUUGCCAAGAUAUUAUAUCCACCUGAGAAGUGUGGCAUAUCAAGAAGCUGCAUGAUCAGCAUGAUCAUUAUACAGGUGCACUGUGUUGGUGACAAAAGACCAGCCAAAUAUUUUGUCACAAAACACAAUGCCACAGAUGUCUCAAGUUUUUAGGGAUCAUGCAAGUAGCAUGCUGACUGCAGGAAUGUCCACCACAGCUGUUGCCAAAGCAUUGAAUGUUCAUUUCUCUACCAUAAGCCACCUUCAACAUAGUUUGUGAGAAUAUGGCAGUAUGUCCAACCGGCCUCAACUGCAGACCAUGUGUGGGAGAGCGGUUUGCUGAUGUCACCGUUGUGAACAGAGUGCCCCAUGGUGGGGUUAUGGUAUGGGCAGGCAUAAGCUAUGGACAACAAACAUAAUUGCAUUUUAUCGAUGGCUAUUUGAAUGCACAGAGAUACCAUGGUGAGAUACUGAGGCACAUUGCUGAGCCACUGACCAGUCGCCAUCACCUCGUGUUUCAGCAUGACAAUGCAGAGCCUCAUGUCCCAAAGAUCUGUACACAAUUCCUGGAAGCUGAAAAUGUCAAAAUUCUUCACUGGCCUGCAUACUCACUAGACAUGUCACCCAUUGAGCAUGUUUAUGAUGCUCUGGAUAAAUGUGUAUGACCCCAUGUUCCAGUUCCUUGCCAAUAUCCGGCUACUUCGCACAGCCUUUGGCGAGGAGUGGGACAACAUUCCACAGGCCGCAAUCAACAGCCUGAUCAACUCUAAGCGAAGGAGAUGUCGUACUGUUUCUCUGAUCCAUGCGCCUAGCUUUUUUGUAAGUUCUCUGUAUUCCCAGUCAAGUGAAAUCCAUAGAUUAGGGCCUAAUGAAUUUAUUUCAAUUGACUGAUUUUCUUAUGAACUGUAACUCAAAUUUGAAAUUGUUCAAUGUUGCGUUUAUAUUUUUGUUCAGUAUAUUUGUAGAUCAGUCAGUCACAAUUUCCCCACAAUGCAGAUUUGAUGUUCUCGAACACGGCCAAUGAAUGACCAGAAAUCUAGAAAAAAAUAUGAAUUAAUGAUGAAAUACUGUAUGUGGUAGAGUUGUAAAUGGUCCUGUUAUUUUAAAUUAUUGGUGGUAAAUUCCAAAAGUAUUCA